AUGAGAAUACAAGAAAAUCAUCGGGAGCAGCAGUUCUCGAUCACACAAUCUUCAAACUCAGUAAGGGAAUACUCAGACCCAAUCCCAGUUGAUGUUCUUAUUGAUAUAUUCUCUAGAGUCUCUGCAACGUCUCUAGCUAGGUUUCGUUGCGUAUCCAAAUUGUGGGAAUCCAUAAUUUGCAGUCAUGAUUUUACGGAGCUUUUCCUGACUAAGUCUUUAGCUCGUCCACGUCUCUUGUUUAUCUUCGAAGCUAAUAAAGAGUUAUGCGUUUUCUCUUCGCCUCAACCUCAAAACCCACAUGAAAUCUCUACUCUUAUAGCCACCCCUUAUAAGUGUUUUCCCAAAUAUUUAUCAUAUGAAUCCACUCAUGAUAUUAGUGCUAAAGUACUCUGUGGAUUGGUCCUCCUACAUGAUUGGAAAAUAAAAGCGCGGGUGAUUUGUAACCUCGCCACGGGGGAGUCCAUAACCUUACCCACUGUGAAAGCGACGGGUGUUGGAAAAAACUUUUUUGGCUUUGAUCCUAUCAGCAAACAGUUCAAAGUGUUGUGUAUGACUUGGUCACGUUUUGGAACACCCAACACUCAUCAGAUUUUGACAUUGGAAACUGGAAAAGUACUUUUAUGGAGGACGAUCCAAGACGUAGUACGUCCCUAUGAUCAUAAGUAUGGUGGAAUAUGCAUAAAUGGCGUUUUGUACUACGGAGCUUAUUUUUCAGAUGAAUGUUUUAUGAUAGUCUGCUUCGACUUUAAGCUUGAGAAAUUCAGCUUUAUUGAGUUAGAUAGAGACAUGGACCCUAAUAAUCAGGAGUUAACUUUGUUCAACUACAAAGGUAAAUUAGGUGCACAUCAAUAUAUUGAAUCGAUUUGUAAAAAGAAUUUGAAGUUGUGGGUUCUAGAAGAUGGUGAGAAACAUAUAUGGUCCAAACGUAUAUGCAUACUGCCAUCCGCACUCUACAAUAAAAAGUUUGUUGGAAUGACUAGUACCGGAGAGGUUGUGUUUUCGCAUUUCAUGUGCGUUAAAUCAAACCCUUUCUGCAUAUUCUUCUACAAUAUCGAGAGGCAAGCUUAUAAAAGAGUCCUUAUUAAGGGAUUUGAAGAGUUUGAGGAUGAGUUUACUUCCGUUCAUACCAUUCUGGACUUUGUAGAGAAUAUGAAACUAAUCUAA